ACAAUUGAAAGUGAAGUAAAGUCGUGAAAUGAACUUUAGCUUUUAUCAUGUUUUCAUAAAUUUUGUUUUAUUGCGGAUGUAAUAGUGAAAUAAAAAAUAGGAAUUAAUUGUAGCAAUUUGUAAGUAACUGUCUUACAUGGGUUAUUUACUUCAAAGUUAUGAGCAUGGAUAAUAUAAAAAUGCUCUCGGGUGAAGAGCUACUAAAUAAAGGCAUAACAAAGCUGGAAGUUACAUUACCUAUUUUAGGUUUGAAAGAUAUUAGUCCUGACGGAUCAUGGUUGGAGCAAAAACAAAUACAAUCUGCUGUGGAAACCAGAAAACAUCUCAUUGAAGCUCAAAGAAUUGAAAAAAGAGGAGUUCUUAGUCAUGCAGUGUGGCACGAAAAACUUAGAUUAGCAGAAGUAACUCAACUAACUGGUAGCCACUGGCAAUUCUACGGUCAUACUAAGGACAGGAAACUAUAUCUCAGACCUGAAGAAGCAUUAUUUUUGAUGGAAGUUAAUUGUCUUCUAUUGACAUAUAAUGAGAUCAUAGUAUCUCUGCAACAAGCUUACAGUUUGUUACUUCGUGAUGAAGUCUGUAUUAAUAAGUAUAAAGUUUACAGCUAUUUGAGUCGUCUGGGUUAUAAAGUAUUUCCCCAUGUAAACUUGAAUAAAGAAAAUGCUAAAAGUAAAAAUAAGACAGAAGAAAACUGUGAAAUAGUUAUUGAUAAAACUCAAAAUGAAACAGAAAACGCAGUAGAUAUUAAUAAAAAAGAAUGUAAUGAUAAUGAACUUCAAGAAACCGAAACCUCCAUAAAUGAAGAGAGAUGUGAACCUAUGCAAGUCGAAAAUGAUACGACUGAAAAUAAAUGUAAGCAAUAUAGUGAUAAUGAAGAAAAUAAAAAGAGUAAUGAUGAGUCAUUUGUCAAUGACGCAAAUGAUAAAUCUAAUUCGGUUCCUGAAUACAUAAAAGAUAACCAGGAAAUACAUAUGGAUGCUGAAAGCAUUGAUGUAGAAGAAAAAGAAAUGGAAUCCACAUCACAAAAUGAUAAUGAAACCGGCGGAUGCAUAUUUUACACCAACAUACAAAAUGAUAAAAACCCUCUAACAAAGUUCAUUGAGUUGAAAUUGAAAAAACUCAAAAGUAGACAAUUAAAAGCACAUCACAAUACUGACAUUCACACACAUUUUGAUAACUUACCAAACUUAUUGGAAAAUCGUGUAGUGACAGUCAAUGUACCUAAAGAAGAACUUAUACCAAAAAAUAUAUUUUUAAAUAAUUUGAGCUAUGUACUUAAUUUGGACAACAUAUCAUCAAAAAAUGUAACAUCACCAGGGUCUGAAUCAAGGACGUACAGUAUAUCAGAUGAGGUAAACGGUGAUCAUGUUAGGCGCGUAACGAAUUCUACACAAAAUAGAUCACAAAACAUAGUAGUACCACCACUAUAUCAAACUUUUCGCCAGAACUCGGGCUUCCGACAAUUCCAAUAUUGGAGACCACGUCCGAAUCUUAAUUAUUUUCAUUUUAACCUGUUUUUUCAAAGGCCUUUCAUGACUAAUUUGAAUACGCCUAGAUUCCAGUUCUACCCGAGAACUCAUAUUCCCAUGUUCCCUAGAUACUUUACCAGUCCUACUCAAAUAAACGUAAGUAACAAUUUACAUUCGCAAAAUAAGGAAGAGAACACACGUAAAAGAAAAAGAGACACUGCAAGGAAACAUCACUUAGAAUCAAUAAAAAAACUAGCAGAAAGAUUGCACAAUCUUGUUUCAACAGGUAAUACACAAACACAAAAUAUUGAAGCACUUCAAAGACUAAUACAUACAUACAAUAUCCGGUAUAGAACAAAAAUUCGUUUAACAAAUCAAUUUGAUAUAAUAAACGAUGAAACAAUAAUAGAAACCAUAGAACUUGAUGAUGAUGACGAAGAAGAGGCGAAAAGGAGACGUAUUGAUAACGGUAGUAGUUUACGUGAUCUGCAUCUGAAAAAAAUCCGACAAAUAGCAUGUAGACUAAGACAAUUAGAAAAGGAAAAUAAGGCAUCUCCCCGACACAGAAGAGCUCUCUCGGGACUUAUUAGAACGUACAAUAAGUCAUAUAAUGCCGAUAUUUACACAAACGAAACCAAUGAAAUUUUAGAUCGCCAAAGUGUUACACUCGAUUCGAGUUCUGAACCAGAUUGUGUAAUCGAAGAUAACCCUGUGAUGAAACCUGGAAAAAAAUUACGGAAUCCAUUCAGUAUUCUAAAAAGGCUUUCUGAAAAACAAAUGUCAGCUACCUCUCCAACAACUAGUAGACAAAACAAUAACAAUGAAGAUGCGAAUGAAUCUAAUAAAAUUCAGAUUUCCGAAAAUAAAGUGUUAGAUUCAACAUCUGCCAAUAGUUGGUUUCCUGAUCCAAAUGAUUUUGGAAGGCCUGAAGUACUGAGCCACGAUAAUAUGAAUAUACGCAUUAUAGAAUCGAAGAAGGAGGAGUAUGUUUUUGAAUUUUUAAAAGAUAAUGCAGUGGAAUUUAAUAAUUGGGUAGAAGCAAAAAUAGCAUUCCUAGAAAGCAUUGAAGAAACUAAUGCAAUCUUCCAGACUGAAGCAAUGAAAGUAAAUAAUGUAGAAAUCAAAUCGAUCAUUAAAUCGGAAGAUUGUACUGAUAUGCCAACUGUCUUGAAAAAGUUAAGUAUUAUUAAAAGAAAUAAUACAACUAGCAUUGAUAUUAAUCUCAGUGUGGAUUUUGAUGUGUACAAUAGAAAUGUUCAAAACUUUCGUAAAUCGAACUGUCCCACGCCUCACUUCAGGAUUGUAUGUUUGAACGACAUUUCACCCUUCCCGUCAAGUACCGAUAUAGCAAGUCUCCAUUCAAAAUACAAAGACGACGUAAUGAUCGUAUUCGCGAUUGUCGGUUUUUCAUCUAUAUCUUUCAUACAAAUGUACCCAGUCGACUCGCCAGUGUACACCUCGUCUAAUAAUUAAUGUGAUUAAUUUAUUGCAAGGUAAAAAUAAAACUUGUUAUUUUUU